CCGCGGUGCGGGGCUGCCCCUGAGAGGGAGCAGCAGCGGCCUCCUCCGCCCCGAGUCCUCACUCGGGGGCCGCGCAGGGAGAGCGCCCGGCCCCCACCCCUCCCCCGUCCGCCGUCCUCAAUGUCUCCCCGGCGGGGAGGGGGCUGCCUGGGAGACGCGCUGAGCUGCCCCCCCCGGAGGCCCGUCGGCGGCAGCAGCAGCGCCCGGCCCGGCGCCCCGCAGCCUUCCCCGGCGGCGGCGGCGGCCUGGAGGAGCCGCGCACCCGCCGCCGCCCCCGGAGCCUCGCAGCCGCCGCCGCCACCCGGCGCCCGGGGAGAGGGCGGCGGGCGCCCCCCGGGGAAGAUGAAGGCGGAAGGGGGCGACCACUCCAUGAUCAACCUGUCGGUGCAGCAGGUCCUGAGCCUUUGGGCCCACGGGACGGUGCUGAGGAACCUCACGGAGAUGUGGUACUGGAUCUUUCUGUGGGCUCUCUUCUCCUCUCUGUUUGUCCAUGGUGCUGCGGGCGUGUUGAUGUUUGUGAUGCUGCAGAGACAUAGGCAGGGGAGAGUAAUCUCGCUCGUUGCAGUCAGCAUCGGAUUUCUGGCUUCUGUAACUGGAGCAAUGAUUACUAGCGCAGCAGUCGCGGGCAUCUACCGAGUCGCAGGGAAGAACAUGGCCCCUCUGGAGGCGCUGGUGUGGGGCGUGGGACAGACUGUAUUGACAUUAAUCAUCUCCUUCUCAAGGAUCCUCGCCACACUCUGAGCUUUCGGUGGGAAUGUCUUACUUCACAUAAGGAAACAGAUGUACAGAUUCUCAGAACACGGCGUUGUGAAGGAGCGGGAAUGAAAUCGUACGAGGAGAACGUGGAAGGAGCAGGGCGCCACCGAAGGCCUUGAGCUGUGUGCAAAGAUCGCCCUCUGGUGUCCAAGUGAUUGCACUACCGCACUGCACCUUACGUGCCUCCGUCCCGGGCCGGGCGCAUCACAGGACCGGAAGCUACAGGAAGAAGCACCUUGCUUAGCUGCCAAUCAGGUUAACACUGGUGUUGACUCGUCGUUCUUAACAGUGUUGUGUUGAGUUACAGGGACGUUUUGAGGAAUUGAUAUAUGUGCCAAACUCUUCUCUCUCUUUUUUUUUUAACAUGGAUCAUGUGACAAUUUGCAAGUGUAGAUGUAGAUGAGUGCUGUGAACCAUAUUUGACAUGAAUUCAGGUAAGGUAGUGAGAUUUUUGUUUUGUGACGCUAAAUCCCCUAUGAGUGCUGAACACCGAAUCAUUGAAUAUGAGGUAAACGAUUUGGUUUUUAAUGUUGAACGUUUCUGGGAUUUAGGGCUUUAAUAUGUUUAGGCAUUAUUGUUAUUUACUUUAAUUUAUGUGGAAAAUAAUACUUAAUGGAAAACUAGCUAAACUCUUUUAAGGACUCAAAGUAGACCCGUAGGGUGCAUCCUUUCCACUCAGAUAACACUCUUUUAAUAGUUUCCCUCCUACGUAACUGUUCUGUUGAUACGAAUUCAAAAACUUUAUAGGUCACACACAUUGACUGUAGUUUGUGUGUCAUAAAAAUAUAAUUUGAAAAUUUUCUUAUAAACUUUGUAAGAAAAGAAGUCUGAAAUGCAUGUUGCAUUCUUCGACCCUUCUAAAGAAAGUUUUUGCCAUGUAUCUCAUGGAGAAAACAUCUUUAUAGCUAGUAUCUCGGUGGGAUUAUAUUACUUGUUGCAUAUAUCUUGAUUUUUGACAAAACAUAAACAAUCUUUCAUUCUGGAGUAUUACCUAUAUUUAAAGAGUGGCCUAAAUUAGGCUGUGAAAACAAAGAGCCUCAUUUGUAGAUAAGUAACAAGUAAGUUAUAUAAGAAGAGUAAUUGCAUUACAUUGGGCAUGUGGUAACAAUUUCACUAAGUAAAAAUUGGGGAAUAUAAGAAAUAAUUUAAAAAUUUGGCAGUUAAUCUCAGCAUAUCAGUACAGUACUGAACAUAUAUUAGAGUGAUUCCGUUGUUCGGUUCUCGAUUUGCGCUGUUAAGUUUCCUAGAAUCAGUGACGACAUUUAUUAGAAUGAAAAAUCCUUAGUAAUACAACAUUUUAAGAGGUUUUGGCAAGAUGCAGUUGUUUUUAAGAGUGCAAGGAGCAAGGGAAACAGAACCUGGUUGAAUUUGUCUCCUACUGAGAUUGUUUUAAAUACCAGGUCCCUUUAUAAAUGUGCUAACUCAAAAAGCCACUGCAGAAAAUAUGAAGUUAAGGGCAGUCCAAAAAAUAAUCUGCAUACUCUAGCCUCAUUGUUUUAUGACCCGAUUUGGUAAAAAGUACGUUUCUAUUAGGUCCCAUUCAAAUUUAAGACCUCCAUUACCCACACCACUUUUUCUCCACCGAAAAGCAGAAUGUGUUUCAAUGACGUAAAAAUAGGGAGUUGGGGAAGGGGAUACUUUUACCAGUAUGGAAGCCAGUUUUGGGGGUUUACUAAUGCUGUGGCUUGGAGAUCUGUUUUUAAAGACACCAUUAAGCAACUAUGCAUCCCUAGAGAUCUUUGAAGUAAAUCUUAAAAUUGAUUCUUUUUAUUAUGUACAAGCCUAAAAUUAUUUUCAUGUGUUCUUUAUGUUCCUGAUGUUUUCCCAAAUUAAAUUUAGGCAUAAACUUUCCCAGUCCAUUUGAUUUCUCCUUUUCUUUUAGACUUGAAUUGUGUUCUUCCUUUACUUUGGCUCUUCUAUUGGUAAUUUCAAGUGUUCAUAUUCUUUG